AUGCCACGAGUCCGUGUGCUGCGCUGCAUCCGCCCACUCACCCGUGACCGUCUGGUGACCGGCCAAUACGUGGGUGAUCCAAUGGCAUCAGGCUCGUCGAACAGCUUUGGAUACCUGGAUGACUCCUCAGUGCCGAAAGAGGCAACAUUUGCAAUUGUCAGGCGGCCAACCGUUGGCCCCUCCUCUGACCACGUUAUGACUUGUCGUCGUGGCAAACACUUUUCUUGGUUCGGCAGCUGCAGACCGGUCAAGAUAACUCUCAACCUGAUCAGUCUUGCCGUGCCACAAAUCUGUACCGCAUUCGUGACGUGGUCGGCAUUUACUCAGUACCAAUUAUCACCGUGA